AUGGAACCCCACAACCACACAGCUGUUUCACAAUUCCUACUCCUGGGAUUUUCAGACGACCCAGACUUGCAGCCAGUGAUCUUCAGCCUGUUCCUGUCCAUGUACCUGGUCACCAUCCUGGGAAACCUGCUYAUCAUCGUGACGGUCAGCUCUGACUCCCACCUCCACACCCCCAUGUACUUCUUCCUCUCCAAUCUCUCCUUUAAUGAUAUCUGUUUAAGCACUUGCACCAUUCCAAGGAUGCUGGUGAACCUCCAAACACAGAAUCAGAGCAUCACUUACACAGGAUGUCUCUCCCAGGUCUGCUUUGUUAUAGUUUUUGCAUCUUUGGAAAAUUUUCUGCUUGCAGUGAUGGCCUGUGACCUCUAUGUGGCCAUUUGUCACCCACUGAGGUACACAGUCCUCAUGCAUCCCCGCCUCUGUGUCCUGCUGGUUUUGUUCUGUCUUCUCAUUAGCGUGGUGAUUGCCCUCCUCCACACACUGAUGUUGCUGCGGCUGUCCUUCUGCACAGACCUGGGGAUCCCCCACUUCUUCUGUGAACUUGCUCAGGUCAUCAAGCUGGCCUGUUCUGAUUCCUUCAUUGAUAACAUCCUGAUCUACGUUUCAUCUUGCGUAUUUGCUGGUGUUCCUCUCUCCGGGAUCAUUUUCUCUUACGUUCACAUUGUGUCCUCUGUCUUGAGAAUGCCAUCAUCAGAAGGAAAGCACAAAGCCUUUUCCACCUGUGGGUCUCACCUGUGUGUGGUCUCCCUGUUCUAUGGGACAGGACUUGGGGUGUACAUUAGCUCUGCGAUCUCUGACUCUUUAAGGAAGUCUGCUGUGGCUUCAGUGAUGUACACUGUGGUUCCUCAGAUGCUGAACCCCUUUAUCUAMAGUCUGAGAAAUGGGAACAUGAAGGAGGCCUUGAGGAAACUUGUCAGUAGGUUAGCAUCGACUUUAUAA